GUAAGAAGUUUCAACGUGUGCAGCAGUACUUAACCGUUAUUAAAAUCUCGAGAGCGCAGUGAGCGACUUAUAGGUUGUGUAUUUAUAUAGUCGCACGCUUUAUAUCGAUGAAAAUAAUGUCAAUUGGUCUAUUUGCAUUCGGAUUAUGAUAAAUAACUAAACCGGCUAUACUUAAUAAAAACUACGUCUAGUUAUGUACCCACGAAGAGUUUAUAUUAUCAAAACGCGCAUCAGCUCCUGUAAAAGCAUAACAAACGUCAUCCCGCACAAAAGUGUGCACACAGCACACUCGCUGUACUCGAAGGGUCCAAAGUACAAUGUGCAACACCCUUACAAAUCGCCUGAAAACGUAAAAAUCCAUAACUGUUAAAAGUGCAAAUAAUUGGCAUAUUGUAACUACGUACAAUAAAACAGGCUACAUAGUAUCACAAAUGCGUGCCGAGUCGAAGAAAGAGAGGGACAAACCGAGUACAUAGCUAUAUGUAUAUUACGAGAGCAAGCGAGAGAGAGAGAGAGAGAUAAAGCGCCACGCGCGUCUAUGUAGGUCGGGCCACUUACACACGUUACAAGAUAAACAAAAUUAACGCAAUGGAGGAGGAGGGCACUCGGACGACGCAGGAGAACGAACCACCUUCAGUGGCAUCGUCAGUUGUCGACGGAGAUGGCUUUUUCUGGCAAGACUACCUGGAUGCCACAGAAACUGUGGAAGUUCCACAGAUUAUGUUUCCACAUGUUGAGGAAACAUUGCAAAAUGGCAUAGAAAUAGGAAUGUCCUUGGAGGUCCCGAUUAAAAAGAAUGAUUCCAAGGAUGGCGAAGAAUCUGUCUACUGGGUAGCUUCGAUCGUGAUGGCAUGUGGCCCCUUGUUGAGACUUCGUUACUUUGGUGGUGACGAUAGAUCUCUGGAAUUCUGGUUCAACUUGACAAAAGAGGCAGCACACGAAUUGGGUUGGUCAGUCAAAAAUGAUAAAAGAUUAGAGCCACCUGGUAUUGUGCUCGAAAGAUCUCCGGACUGCUCUGAAAAACUCCAAGAGUUUUUGACCACUGCAAAAUCCAUUCCUAUUGAAAUGCUCAGUGGGGAUGGACUCAGUAUUGUGGAUAGAAUCAAACAAGGAAUGAAAGUCGAAGUCAGUGAUGUUCGACACCCGUACAAACUGUGGGUUGCCACUAUCAAAGAGAGUAUUGGAGGACGAUUAUUAUUGGAGUAUGAUACACCAGGAUCGAGUGCAAAGAAUUUUUGGAUGUUCUGUACAUCUGAGCAUCUGCAUCAGUAUGGAUUUAUUUCAAAAGCUGAAUCAGUUGACUGGUUUUUAGAACCCCCUAGUUCAAUAGUAGAUACGCAUGCUUAUGAAGAAUGGAAAGAAGUUACAGAAAACGGUCCUAAGGAUGUUAAAGUACCUGAGAAUUUAUUUAGUAACUCUGUUGAACACCCGCUGCAUAAUUUUAAGUUAGGAGAAAAAUUGGAAGCAGUUUCACCCUCCGAUAGGACAAAACUUUGCCCAGCCACGGUUGUCAAAGUAUUUGAUAGCACUUACUUUUUAGUUCACAUUGACGUAUAUAGUGAGAAACCUGUAGAAAAUUAUGAUGAAGCUUAUAUGCAGAACACCACUGACAAGAAUACGUGGCUCUGUACAGCUGAACAUCCUUACAUCUUUCCAGUUGGUUGGGCUAAAAAACAGGGCUUCAGCGUGGAAUCACCAUUAAACUGGGUUCCUUCAAAAGAAGAUGCAAACAAAGAAUUUGACUGGGAAGAUUAUUUGAAAGCAACAAAAGCAGUUGCUGCUGAUGAAAAAUUAUUCACUACGCGGGAAAGUGCAGCUGAAGCAGGAUUCGAAUGUGGUAUGAGAUUAGAGGCUGUAGAUCCUCAAAACGAAGAUGCGAUUUGUGCAGCACACAUCACGAAAAUCAUAGACAAUUUACUAUGGUUAAAAUUAGACAAUUCUAGCGACGAUCGACGCGAGCACAUAGUGCACAUGCAUUCCUUACAAAUUUUUCCAGUUGGAUGGUGUGAAUCCAAUCACUACCCAUUGAAACCUCCAAAAGAUUACGUCGAAGUUUGUAAGAAAGUACAGCCUGCCGUUGCACCUGUAAAGAAAAAUGGCAUUAUAGAUAUUCCACUAUCUGAGCCACGCUCUUCCUUAUGGUGUCCAAAGAUUUAUUUUAAUUAUCGUUGCUUUACCGGACCAAUGAUUUCCAAGGGUAAAUUAGCUACUCUUCCAAAAGCAGUUGGCCCUGGACCUGUGAUUCUAGUUAUGAGAGAAGUUCUGUCGAUGAUUGUAUCCGUUGGAUACAGAAGUGCCAGGAUCUUGAAAGUAUUACAGUGUGAUACCAAACCAGAGCCUGGUUAUAAUUUAGAAGUAUUAAAAGCAAAGCACAAAAAUAAUACGUACAGAGCAAGUGUGGCUAUCAUCACAUCGGGAGAUAUGGUGGCUGAAUUUUGUAAAAAUAUUUGCAAAAAGUUGAUGGUUUGUCCCAAUCUCUUUGGACCCUUACACGUACCGGAAAACGAAUGUCCAGAUAGAUGUCACAAUACGUCAAAGAACAAAUUUAUGACUACCACUGUUGGAACAGGAAAAAGAGGUAAACCAAAAGGAUACACGAGUAUCAUGGUGCAGAAGCCUAAACCUUGGGGAAAACGUAAAAGAAGGCGAGGCAGGUGGGCUAACAGGGAUAAGGAACGCGCAGAGGAAUUCGAGCAGGAAGAAGGAAUGCCCUUUCUUUCCAUGGAUUUGACUAAACACAUUAACGAUGGACUGGAAGAUAUGUACGAGGAUAGACGACCCCUUUCGGAAAUCGACGUUAUGAUACAAAAAGGGUUUGAAAAGUCCGAUGACAUGAAACAAGAGUUACCAUCCAGCAACGUAUCGGAAGACUCGAGAAGUAGUUUUAACGAUAGAAAAAGUAAGGAUAGCAAUAUCGAUAGUCCAGGAAGUUCUUCGGGUAAAAUACAGUCAACGAAAUCAAGUCAGAACAAUGCCGUCACGAGAUCUGGAAAAAGGGAAAGGGAUUGGGAUACGAGCGUGGAGUCUGAGGGUUCCGAUGCCGACGCCGAGUAUAUCAGAAUGCAAAAGAAGCAGAGACGGCCUAAAACUAGAAAAUUAGAAUCGAAUCCGUUGUUCUGGACCGUUGACGACGUUUUCAGGUACCUUAGAAAAACUACAGACUGCAAAGAUCUAGCGUACAGAGUCAGGCAAGAGGAAAUCGAUGGCUUAGCAUUUCUUCUGUUGAACCUGCCUUCUCUCACUGAGCACAUGAAACUGCGAAUGGGCUCAGCCAUGAAAUUAUGCCGACACGUAGAGCAGGUAAAAGUAACGUUCUUUUUGAAGCACAUAAACGAGCUUGAACCCGAGCAAUACCGAGUAAUGUAAUUAUAUUCCAAAACGUUAUAUCCAACGCGAGCAAGAUAACGUUAACCUAUGUAAAUUGAAGAUUUAUACUGUAAGUGUACAUAUAAGCGGAUAUACUACUCGCGGCUGUACAAAAUACGAUUUUUCCGCAUCAUGCUUAGAAUUAAUUUAUUACUGCGACUUCAGUUAGUUAGUACGAUACAAUUAUGUGUAAUUUUAAGCAAUUUUUUCAUGUCGUUUCAUCCGAUCAUUAGGCUAUCAUAUAUCAUAUAUUUUAAUUAGUACGUAAUGAUUCGUUUUUCUUUUGUAAUAAAGUUGUAUAAACGAUUUA